AUGAAUUGUGUUUCUAGUACUUCAUUCUCCUUGCUUAUUAAUGGUCCUCCCUAUGGUCAUUUCAGUGCCUCUAGGGGAAUUUGGCAAGGAGAUCCUUUAUCUCCUUAUAUUUUUAUCCUGUAUAUGGGGCUUUUUAUUAGGCAUUUCAAUAUUCUUGCUAAGAAUCCUAAAUCUAAUGUGGGUUUGUUCUAUUCCCUUGGAGGUGAUCAAAUCUCUAACUUGGUUUUUGCUGAUGAUUGUCUUAUUUUUGCCAGGGCUACUGUUGUGGCUGCCAGAAAUAUCAACACUUUAUUAGAAAAAAAUUCUAAAGUCUCUGGUCAGAAAAUUAACUUACAUAAAUCCACUGUUUACUUCUCUAGAAAUGUUCACUCACAAGUUAGAACUGCCCUAAGUAAUCUUAUGCAGAUUCAACAUAAGGCCACCUUAGGGCGCUACCUUGGCAUCCACAAUAUUAUCUUCUGGAAAGAUCCAGCUAAUGCCAAAAUGAUGAUGGAAAGAAUUCGAUCAAAGUUUGCAGGUUGGAAGGCUCAAACGUUAUCUAAAGCUGGUCGUCUCACCUUAAUUAAGGCUAGUGCUUCUAGUAUUCCUAACUAUACCCUUUCCUGUUUCAAGUGUCCCAAAGAAGUUUGUAAGGAAUUGAAUGCUUGUAGUAGGCGGGGUCUAGGGGUUAGAUCUGCUGCUCAUUUUAACAAGGCGACUUUAGCUAAAUUAGGCCGGAUCUGUCUGUCUGAUCCUACCAAGUGGUAG